AUGAGCCGGGGCAGAGCUCCGGCCUGGGAUGCGGGUAGGGUGGACCAGGAGGAUGGGGGUGAUGGUAAGGCGGGCGCGGGUUGGAACGGCGAGCAAAACUGGCGAUGGACGGGCUCGUCAUACGACAGAGCCACGGGUACGGGGUGGUUGACGAAAGGAAUUGUGACAAAAAGGUACGACGGCCAGGACCCCGAGGCUGAUGUGGUGCCGGGGGGGGUGGCUCAUAGUCCCAUGGGCCAAAUGAGCCACCGGGCGGCCAGUCUCGACGCCGGGAACAACUCGGUGCGGGUGCAGCGCAUGAGCGGGUGGGUGUCCGGUGUUGCCAACGGCCUCUUGGGAUGCGACUUUGCACGCCCGUAUGUCAGGGCCAGCAGGGACUCGGGAGGGAAUUGA